AUGCCAACGCAGCACGUGAAACCGGGAACUGAGGAGCACCUAGGAGACGUUGCGAAUGCUUUGUUGAAAGCGCGGAAAGUGGUAGUAGUGACUGGUGCUGGUAUCAGUACCAACUCUGGUAUUCCUGACUUUCGAUCGGAGAAUGGGUUAUACUCGCUUAUCCAGGCACAAUUUGAUGCGGCUUCUCGGCAGGCACGACAAGACGAACACGCUGACGAUGAUGAAAACGAAGAAGCCGCAGAUGAUGCACGUUCCACGAAAAGAAGGAAAACAUCUAUGGAUGCAAUACACGAGCCUGACUGGAUAACUGUCAAAGUUGGACCGGAUGACUGUCAAGACGCGCUUCAGGAUGGGGCAUCUUUGCCUCAAUAUACAGAUCGCCCGGAAUUGAUGGAGGACAGUGCUGUCACUGCUACAGCUGCUACACAAAUUGUGGUUGAGACAAAGUUCAGAACACCGCAAUCAAAAGCAGCCACUCACUCUUCGCUGGAUUCGAAUAGCUCGCCUCUAUCAUCUCCCCCAGCUGAAUUCAUGAUUUCGCCAUCCACGGUUCGAUCACAUACUCAUAGGCGUCUGACAGAUGCAGCUCUUCCCUUGAGCUCAUCACCGCUUUCGUCGCCUCCCCCUAUUCUCUUUGACCCAUUUGACGCAGGUUCGCCGUCAGAGGCGAGCUUCGGGCGACGGAGUAGUACAUCACUCUCUGAAGUUGAUGAAACAGACUCUCCACCAAAUUCAUUUGCUUCAUCUCAGAAUUCCGCGGGGAGCAGGAGCACACUACCAAACAUGAAGGGCAAGGAUCUUUUUGACGCCAAUAUCUGGUCGGACCCGAUAAGAACUUCCGUCUUCUAUACAUUUGCAACAUCUUUACGGCAAAAGAUCAGACACGCCGAACCAACAACAUCGCAUCGAUUUAUCAGCCACUUGCGUGAUCGAGGAAAGUUAGUUAGGUGUUACACCCAAAACAUUGAUCAAAUAGAAGAGAAAGUCGGACUAUCGACACGAUUACAAGAUGGCCCAGGCAGUCGUGGGCGAUUUUCACGACGAUCAACAGCAAACAUGACCCAACUGAAUAAAAUGGUCGAAGAAGCCAAGUCAGUAUCCUGCGAUAGACCAGUAUCUGAGAAUUCAAGCCUGUCAGAUGCUCCUGCAGAUUCAAGCGAGCAGUCACAGCCCUCGUCCUCAGAUGAGAACAACAUCCCAGCUACUGAUAGGGAACCACAAUCAGCUAAUCAGGCUAAAGCAAUUCCGAAAGUUCGAAGGGAAUUGCCUCGCUCCGGUGUUGAAUGUGUAUUUCUGCACGGAUCCUUGGACCUUCUUAGAUGUUUUCUUUGUGGCAAAGUUUGCUCUUGGGACGAUGACAAUCGCGAGUCUGAAACACUUUCAGGCCAGCAACCAGAGUGCCCUCACUGCGUUGGAGCCACGGCGGCGCGACAGGAAAAGGGCAAGCGUGCCUUGGGCGUUGGCAAACUACGUCCUGAUAUCGUGCUCUAUGGCGAAGAACAUCCUAGCUCACACCUAAUUAGCCCAAUCAUAACCCAUGACUUGAGCUUGUAUCCAGACAUGCUGCUCAUUUUAGGCACAAGCCUCAGAGUCCAUGGCCUGAAGGUCAUGGUCAGGGAGUUUGCAAAAGCAGUCCACUGCAAAGGCGGCAAAGUUGUCUUUGUAAACUUUACUAAGCCUCCUGAUAGCAUCUGGGGAGAUAUUAUCGACUACUGGGUACAGUGGGAUUGUGAUGCCUGGGUCACUGAUUUGCAGGCCAGAAUACCGAAACUUUGGCAGAAGCUAGAACCUGCAAGGCCCAGAAGGAAGCGAGAAUCCAGCGGAACAUCUGAGGACAGCGCGAAGGAAGGAAAAAAGAAGCCACCGCCUGCUAAUCCAGUGGCUUUACGCGACACCAAAGUCACCGGCGCCUACUGGACAUCCAAGGUUCUUCGUGAGCUGCACCGAAUAACAGGCAACUUACAGCUGGAGAAUGUGCCAGCCCGUCGAGCCUCUCUAUCCACAACUAUCACAGCAGCGGGUAAUGUAGCUGGGGUAUAUCCCCAUGCUCCGAUAGACAAGGUGCAGAAAGAAACCAAAGCUAGGCAGAAAGGGUCGCGAAAAUCAGCUCCGGGGGCACUGGAGAAGGGUCAGGGACGAUCAUCGACACUCAAUCCCAACCACGGUAGAUCACGCAAGAAGGCGCAGGCAUUGGUGUCAAACCAGGCAGCUGACCAUCUGCCCGAAUCUACAACAUCUCCGGCACACACUUCUGUCGAGCCAUGCAGUACUAAUUCCAUUUUGAGUUCAGUUAAGGAAAAUGCUAGAGUCAGGAAGAGAAAGAAGGCGGAUGGAGAAGAAAUUCCUGCGCCCAAGGUUGGCAGAAGGCGAGGUGGCAGUUCAACGCACAAGGUCAAGAAAGAUGACCUGAAGCUGCCCCCUUUACAGACACUGGUAGCGAAUCGGCCAGUUUUACUCUACGGCAAACCACAACCAAUGGAACCAAAGAGCCCGCCCUACGGACCCUUGCCGUCGCUGUCGCCAAAUUUGCGGAGUGCAAAGACAUUCCAAAGACACAAGGCCUUCUUCUUAGACGAGUUUGUGGGGUUGCAUAAGGCACCGCAUGGCCAUCCAUUCCAAAACUACAGCGAAAAUGUGCCUCCGGCUCAGGCGGGAACAAAAGAAGAAACGAAUGCAGCUCUCGCAUUGGCUGGUUUAAGGACCAGUCCAGUUAUGGCGAGAACGAUGCCACGAAAACAAAUAGAAUUGAGUUUAGACGGUCGAUUGGAGAAUUGGGGGUCUACUUGGAGCUGCAAUCAAUGA